UAUGAGUUUUUGUUGGGCCAUAUUAUGUGUGUGUAUGUGUUAGUGGUGUGUUUAUGCUGUGAACUGCGAUUUCCAUCACACUUAGCCCACAGAGACAGCCGCCGACGGAUGUAUGGUGUUGCAUAGAGCAAAAUAAACCGUUAGAUCAUUCGUUGCUAAGCUUUGCUAAGAAGAGCACGCGACUCGCGCGAACUUAUAACGGUGAAUAGACUAAAGUCAAUAGUGUAACGUGUUUCAUUACGCCUCAAAUCCUGUAAAAACGUCUUAAUUGCCAGUAAUAACUGCAAAGUGUAGAAGGGAUGGAGAAUAUGUACAACAAUUUAAUUGAAAUUAAAUCACAACGGUAAAAAAUAACGAAAAAUAUAUCGUUGCAAUAACAGAAAAAGAACCGAAAUUAAUUAAAAAAAAACUUAACAACUUUAAAAGUUAGUGAGUGUAUAUGUCUAUGUGUCUGUUAAAGAAAAACGAAAACCUUGGAAGUCAAACCCAAAAACACAUUUUCAAUUCCUCAAAAAGUUUUUAGCCUGGUUUACUCUCUCAUUCAUGUUAGUCGUACAUACCUGUGUGCCAACUCCCUAGAUAAACAAAGGACUGUCAGAGAGCUAACUUUAACUAUAUCAUCACCUUCAUUCAACCAACCAUCCAACGCCACUUUUCAGGAUAAUUAAACCCAAAUUGAAAGUUACAAAAAACAAAACAAAUUGAAAACUUUUAACUCGCGUGUGUGUAUGCGUGCAGGCAUAUAAAAAAUCUUUUCUAAGAAACUUCAACAACUUCCAAACUCCUUCAAGUGUUACAAGUGCAUGUCCCUGCAGGUGCUACAAAGAAUUGAGCUACGUAAAUAAAUUUAUUCCCACACCACUUUAACAACUUUAUCCAACGGAACGUGUGUUGUGUCUCGGUGGCUUGAAUUAUUGAAGAAGUUUAAAUUCUUGGUGCAACGACGGCCGGGUUUCUUGACGAAACUCGCCAAACAAUUUCUGCCAAAAUUUUCACAGACGGGAAUAAGUUGGGUCCUGCUGCCGCGGGAAGAGGCAUGUUUUGCUAUCAGUGUCCGCCUGCUUUGCAUCCUUGUGGGCCUCAUCCGCCACGUUUGCCAACUUUGGAAUAUCCUUUCGCAGCCACACAUCCAUAUACCAGCUAUUCCUAUCAUCCUGCCAUUCAUGAUGAAACUUUUGUGCGUCGUAAACAAAGGCGAAAUCGCACCACAUUUACAUUGCAACAGUUGGAAGAACUUGAGACUGCAUUCGCUCAAACUCAUUAUCCGGAUGUUUUCACACGUGAAGAUUUGGCGAUGAAAAUUAAUCUAACGGAAGCCAGAGUUCAGGUCUGGUUCCAGAAUCGCCGUGCCAAGUGGCGGAAAGCGGAACGCCUUAAGGAUGAACAACGCAAGCGUGAAAAUGGCGACUGCAGCAGUGUUUCAUUGGAUAAGCUCCACGACAGCCGCGAAUCUUCACCCGAUAUAACCGGCGAAAUGGAUGACGAUGAGCCACAUCCACGUUCCCAUAGCCCUGGACCGGGCUCCUCACACAGUCCCCAUGGGAUGGGUGCCGAUUCGGACAAUGAACGCCCACUUUCAUCGAAUCACAUGAAUAGUGGACAUUCUGGCUCACAAUCAGUGGGUUCCAUAAGUGCCGGUUCACCUUCGCCCGGAGCUAGAACUCCACGCAAUCCUACCAAUAGUCCAUCGAAUUCACGCAACACCGAUUCACCCAUAGAAGUGGGUGGGCCCAUAUCAUUGGCCACACGAUCAAGUGGCCCCUCAACAGUGCCCACCACAACAUUGAAUACGGCCACAGCAAAUCAUUUUGGUACUCACAUUUUUGGUACAUUUGGCAGUGCCAGCAACAAUGCGGCCACAACAGCAGCCGCGGCAACAGCAUCAGCAGGACCUGGUGGCAAUAAUAAUGAGACCAAUUGUGGCUUCCGACCGGUUUUAAAUGAAGCACCACCACCACCGCCACCAACAUCCCUUGCCAGCAGUGGUGCUGCGGCGGCAGCUAGAGCAAAUCAUACACCUUCGCUAUUCUUGCCACCACAUUUGGCCUCGUUGAGCUCGCAAUUUUCACAGCAGCCUCUGUUCCCGGGAUUAAAAGGCGUUUCCCCAUUUUCCGGCCUUUGUUCUUGCUGCACUCUUAAGCCCCCUCACGCCGGUGGCGGUGGCUCUUCGGUUAAUGUGUCUUGUUCUUCGAGCACUAGCUCCCCAGAUUCACCACCCCAUUCGGCCCAUGGCAAUUGUGAUCCUCGCUCCUCUUCGGUGGCCGAAUUACGUCGCAAAGCCCAAGAACACUCUGCUGCCUUAUUACAAUCCCUGCAUGCUGCAGCUGCUGCUGGAUUAGCCUUUCCCGGCCUUCAUCUGCCCCCACUCUCAUUCCAUCACAGUCCCUUGAGCAAUGCCCAUCAUCAUCAUCAUCAUUCGGCGGCAGCAGCUGCAGCAGCAGCCGCUGGUGUGCGUUUGAAAAACGAGGCCCAGGAUAUGACGGCGAGCACCAUGAAUGGCUUGGUGGCCAACAUGAUGCCUACACUAAUGGAUCAUCAAUCGUCCUCAACAUCACCGCCAUCAAGUCAUGCAGCCACAACGCCACCCUCAACAUAUCAACAACAAUUGCAGCAACAUCAACACCAACAACAUCAGGCUUCGCAACAACAACAAAUGCAUGCAGUCACUCAACUUUCACCACCCACCACACCCACCCAAAUCUCUUCGUCUAAUUCGUCGUCAAAAGAGGCUCCCUUGAAUUGUACAAACGGGGCCAUCAUAACCAAAACCGAAGGCAUCUAAGGCAGACGAGGUAUCUCUUAUUCGAUAAAUGUACAUAUGAAGAGAGAAAGUCAGAGAGAGGCUUUCUAUGAUUAUAUGCAUGACGAAAGCCUUAGUUCGAGAGAGAGAGUGUUUGAACCAGGGAUGUUAAAUCAGAGGAGCACAAAAUGAAAAUAAGACUUAUGCAACCCUGUUUUAAGCUUAUUCUUUGUCUUCUGACGCAACAUAAGGCCUGGUUACAGUGUCGCUAUUCUGCUUUGUAUUUGUGAAUGGCAAACAGAAAUAUCUGACACAUUUACAAGAAUAUUAUAAUGUCAUCAGGCGGGGUUCUUGGAUCAUUGCUGUACUGAAUGACCCUGGGAAAAUUGUUAAAUAAGUGCAACAAAAUAAAUUUCUAUUAUAAGGAGAUAUUGUAAUUAGUUUUGGAAUAGGUUAAUUAGUUGUACAUAUACAAGCGUAAUUAUUAAUAU